AUGUAUCCAACUGAUGAUAAUUGGAAGGAACUUGACAUGAUUGUUGAAUUACUUGAACCAAUUUAUCAUGCUACUAAUCUACUUUUCUUAUCAAGUUAUCUAACUCUUGGAGAUCUUCAUAUAGUAUUUUCUGUUAUUAUAUGUACAAUAAAUGAAGUUCAAAACAAAAAUAGUACACUUCAACAAAUUACACAAAAAAUGAAAACAAAAUUAAAAAAGUAUUGGGAUGAACUCAAAGAAACAUUUUACGAAUCUGUGGUUCUCGAUCCAAACAACAA